UAACUUUUUAAAUAAAUCAGGAUGUUUGAUGAAUCGUGAGAUGUCAUAGCAAGUUAUUGUCAGAAUAAUGUCAUUAUUCUUGACAUCGUACGUGCUGUGUUUAAUAAGCUGCUCGAUAUUUGACGUUGACUAUUCGAAUUUAAAAGAAAGAAAAAAUUGCAAAGGACGCGGGCAGGUGCGAGAUUUCUAUUUAUUUACAAAUUGAUAGCGUGAAAAUAUUUUUUUCUAUUAUUAAGUGAAAAGCUUGAAAUCAAUAUAUAAGUGGUAGUGUACAAGGAUUUCUAAGAUGUCCGUACACAGUGGUUUAGGCGAGUGUAUCGAGGACUAUGAGGUGCUACACUUACUUGGAAAAGGUGGAUUUGCGAGUGUGUAUAAAGCGCGUUGUACGCGUACAAAUCAAAUGGUGGCUAUUAAAAUGAUCGACAAACAGCUAAUACAGCGUGCUGGUUUGGCCAAUCGGGUACGUCAAGAAGUUGAAAUACAUUCGCGUCUGAAACAUCCUUCUGUGUUAGAGUUAUAUACAUUUUUCCAAGAUGAGAACUAUGUAUACUUAGUGUUGGAGCUGGCGCACAAUGGUGAAUUACAUCGAUAUAUGAAGCAACAAAUGGGCCGCAACAUGACAGAGGAGGAAGCAUCUAGUAUUUUACGCCAGGUGGUUUCAGGUUUGCUAUAUUUACACUCGCAUCAGAUAAUGCACCGAGAUAUAUCGCUGUCAAAUUUGCUGCUAAGCAAGGAUAUGCAUGUUAAAAUUGCCGAUUUCGGUUUGGCAACACAGUUAAAAAGGCCGGAUGAAAAGCACAUGACGAUGUGCGGCACACCCAAUUACAUUUCACCAGAGGUAGUUACUAGAGCAACGCAUGGUCUCCCCGCCGAUGUAUGGGGUCUCGGUUGUAUGUUUUAUACUUUGCUUGUUGGUCAUCCGCCUUUCGAUACUGAUGCAGUACAGUCGACACUUAAUAAAGUUGUUACAUCGGAUUUUCGAAUGCCACAACAUAUAUCAUAUGAUGCCCAAGAUCUUAUAAAACAUUUACUAAAAAAGAAUCCAAAUGAACGUAUAACUUUGGAACAAGUACUGCAACAUCCAUUUAUGUUACGCCAUGAAGAACGUUUUGUCACAGCUGCGGGCUCAGCUGCUACCAAAUGUAAUAGAGAAAUCAAUGAUUUCGUACAGAGUAAUCAGCAAAAAUAUUCGCAGCAGCAAAGCGGAGCAAGCUGUGACAGUGGCAUUAUAACCUUUGCCAGCAGCAAUUCCAGUUCAACGCGUACAGCUGCGCUACAACGGUCCCGUUCAAUGGAAAAGUAUCCCGUGCGUGGUGGCCUGGAACGCAUACAUGAAAAUGAUCAACCGCAAGUAGAUUCUGCUCCACUUAAGGCGGCACAUUCUUAUAAUUCUUUUGCUGAAGAUUUUGUGGAAAAACAGCAUCCACGUAUGUUCCAAUCAUCUACACCGCACAGUAUGGAUAUUGAAUGGCAUUCCAGCGGCUCUGGAAAUUAUAAAGAUUUACCAACAGCACCACAGUAUGCUUUGAAAAAUUAUUUUCCGGUGCCCAGACCAUUUUCUGAAAAUGGGGAAAAUGAAUAUUUAGCUGUGGAUAAGCACAAUUGCUUGCCGCCUAUGUCGAAUCAUUCUGUUGCAAAGGAUAAAGUGGCUCGAAAGUCACAGGAAAAUAAAAAUGCGGAAGAUCGUAUAAGUGUUCCACCAUUAAACACUGAGCGUCUGCUGCCGACACGAUAUAAAACUAAAAAUGCCAUUAUGAGCAUUCUAAUUGGUGGCGAAGUGACACUGGAGUUUAUAAAAUAUAAGAGUCGUUUGCGUGAAGAUCGUAUUACCGACAUAUGUUGGAUUUCGAAGGAUGGCAUGCGUAUCACCAUUUAUCAACCAGAUCCUGGGCGUGGUCUGCCCAUAAGUGAAGAACCACCACCUCCACCGACUGAUAGUCCAAAUAACAGUCACACUAUUUACACAUAUAAUAACUUACCCAGUAAACAUUGGAAAAAAUAUAUAUACGCCUCACGUUUUGUUAAUUUAGUCAAAGCGAAGACACCAAAAGUAACAUAUUUCAGCAAACAAGCAAAAUGUCACCUCAUGGAGAGUAUGGAUGAUUUCGAGGUUUUUUUCUAUUCUGGCGCAAAAGUACUUAAAACGCCUAAUGAAGGCUUACGCGUCUACGAUAAAAAUGGACGCUUGUUGCAGGAUCAUGAAGAUCAGACGGCAAGUAACUUGCUGCAACAUCAAGCUGAAUGUCUAAAACAUUGUCAGGCGAUUUGUAGUGCGCUACAGCUGGCACAGACAAAUGGUAACUCCUGCUUUCCAGCUGUGGUUGGCCGGAGACCCAGUGAAUUGGAUGUAAUGCAGGGGCAGUGCAUAACAACGGCAAUGCGUGACACAACUAAUUUGAUUUAUCUGACACCAAAGACGCAACAGGAGACCAUAAAUUUUUCCAUUGGCUCGUCAGGCUUGCGUAGUGGCAGCAAUUUUAGUGACUCUUCAUCACAAUCACAAUCGUUAACUUCACAGCAACAACAACAGCAAUUGAUGGCUGUACAACCCAACGUACCAAUACGAAAAAUAAACAUUCCCGGCAUCGGUAUCGCCACAGAGUUAUCGCAUGGCAUUGUGCAAGUACAAUUCCCUGACGGAUCUCUCGUUUCAGUGAUACCCACCAACCAGGGUGGUGGCAUUACCUUCACACAAACAAGCGGCUCUUCCACACAUUUUGGCCCACAGGACGAUCUGCCAUUCGUGGUGAGAGAGAAAUUAGCUCAGUUACCGCAGGUGGAGCGACAACUGAAGCAAGCGCCGCUUUUACGUUCAAAUGGCUUAUUUGCACAUUUGAAGCAGCAGCAGCAGCAACAUUCAAAUCAAUAUGCUUAUGAAGGCAUGCAAGUGUUGUCGACGCCGCGCAACACAAAUCACGCCGUCACACACGCUAACACUGGCGCAACGCAACAGCAUGCCAUGAAAUAUUUUCGUUAGAGCUUGAGAGGAAGACUCUAUGAGUCUUCUAUUGUUGAGACUGCAAGCGCAAUGUCCAGUUUCUUUUUUUUUUAUUAAAUAUAGUUUAUUUGUAAGUUUUUUUACAACAUAAAUUUCAAUUG